AUGACACGAAAAAAACCACAUCCUCUUCUGGUGAACCGCGACAAACCGAUGGAAAUAAACGCGACUCGUAUGGGGGGCAAGCGCAAGGCGCGUGGAAUAAGAACUACAGUAGUGCUGCAGCUGCGGCCAGCACAUCAGCUUCUGCUUCGAGCGCUUCUGCUCCUACUACGGAUGUUGAACAAAAGCUGCACAUCAGCAUCAAAAAGGACCAGUCGCAGUCACAGUAUGAUAAGCGGGACAGCACCAGCAAGAAGUGGGAGAAUUACAACGAAUACUACAAUUCAUCUCGUGACCGCCGCGGUCGGGGGGAAAAGUAUGAAGACAAGAACGCGUGGGACAACAAGGAUUAUGACACACACUAUAAUUCUCGCGGCCAGGUGGAACAACAGUGGAACCGCAAGUCGGAUCGAUCGGCGAGAGCAGGAGGCUACUAUAACAAUUCAACAUCUAUUUCCUACCGCGACAGCACAGCUACUACGCCGGGAAAAGCGAAAGUAGAGCGGACUUCUUAUUAUGCGAGCGAGAAUUCUUCCUCCUCUAAGAAAGCGAAAGCAAAACGUUGAGUAACUCCAGUACAGGUCUUGGUCUGUAAAUUAUUUUGUAUCUAUUGCGCAAGGUGCGAAAACAAGAACUAUCGAUGCUCGUGACAAGCAUCGAAGAAGCUGAAGGACUCAAGUAUGACCACAACUUUUGGAAGAGGACUCAGAUUUUUAACAUUUUUGGCUCGUCAGAUGUUCAAU